AUGGUCCUCAUGGAGAUUUCUGGUAUUUUGAUUUUUAACUCCAUAAUGGGAUAUGGAACGAAGAAUGUGAGUGGAAAUAUUUUACACUUAUUGAAUGAAAACUACCAAAUGUUUUUUGGUAACUCAGACGUAUUCAAUUCGAGUAAUCUACCAACAAGACAAAUAGACGUUCCGCAACAAAAUAAUAGCACGGACUGCGGUUUGUAUAUGUUACAAUUUGUGGAAUCAUUUUUCAAAAAUCCCAUCGAGAAUUAUGAAGAACCAUGCUCGCUGAAAAAUUGGUUCGGGGGUGAAGAUAUAUCAUUGAAAAGAGCAAAAAUAAAGCAGUUAAUUAAGCAAAUGGCAGUACGUUAUCGGUUGAGAAAGUGA